AUGAUCAAUAUUAUGUGUAGGUGGGCGUUUCAGCGAGAAACCUGGGCGCUUUUUCCGAUGGUGUCGACAUAUGGAGCAGAUCGAAUUGACAGAAUCCAUUCUCUUUUCCUUUUUCAAUGAUAUGUCGUUUUCGAGAAGAGAUAACCCUCUCGGCCUUCGUGCAAUUCCGAUAAGUGUUCCUCCCGAGUCUCCCGGGCUUGGUCGUCGCAUUCCGAAUAGCUGGGAAUCGACCAAUGACCCAGAUCUGAUGAAGUAA